AUGGUGAAAUCGUCCAAUGUGAACAAAUCACAAACGGAGAAUUACGAGAUAUACAGAAACAAUGUGAAUCAGUUCGUCGCGUCCAAAUAUAAAUGGUGGCAGUUCUGUUGUAUCCUGCUGUCUUUAUGCGUGAUGACAUCGUGCCAGAGCAGCAUUCUCGAUAUGCCUAUUGCAGUGGAUUUAUUACGCGUAAUUCGGAACUGGGGUUUGAGUGCUUUCGGUAAGUCUAAAUACAUUAACUUCGAAGGUCGAACAGGAAUGGAUGAAAAUUAUUUACAAUUGGCGAGAAGUGCGGGCAAAGUGCAAAAAGCCAUUCCCGAUUAUGUCCCGUUUCCGUGCAACGUGACGGUGGGGCGAUCAUCAAAGGUACCAGAUUCGGUGCAUAAAUUAAGACCAGGCGAUAUUGAUGUUCUUGGCGCCAUGGGAGAUUCGGUCACGGCUGGAGCUGGAGUUUUCGGAACCAAUACUUUUCACAUUGCAGUAGAUAACAGAGGAGCUACCGCAGUCGCUGGAGGUCAAGGCACAUGGAAGCAGUAUCUGACUGUUCCCAAUAUCCUCAAAGUAAAUCAUGAAGCACGCAGAAGAUUUUCCUGGAACCAUCUAACAAACAGGGCUAGACGCGAUUGCGCAGGCGCGGCUGUAUACUUUAUAUUUUUCAGGUGGCAAGAGAUAGAUAUGGAAAUCGCUACUUAUCCGGAAUUUCAGAGAGACGAUUUCGUAGUUGUAGCGCAACCCGUCUUGAUGGAUUUAACUAUUCCACUUAAGUCAAAUGGAAAAGUCGAUUUAACGUAUUUAAGUGCCGAUUGUUUCCACAUUAGUCAAAAAUUGAACGCUUGGUGUAAGUCACAUAAAACAUAUUAGUAGGAAUUAUUACUAAUACAUUAAAUUUUAACGAACUUUGGUCUUUUUGAUGAAUACAUAAUAUACAUUAAUAACACUUUUUCUUCACUUUUGCAGACGCAAGCUUUCUAUGGGAGAGUCUGUUCCAACCAGUAGGUGCUAAAAUGACGAAGCUGACCGACAAUCCACCGUCCGAAAAAUUUUAUUGUCCUACAGAGAAGAGGCCUUAUUUGGCUACAAUGUUGAAUUCAAGAAAAUAACGGCUAACAAAACUGACUGUUAAUUACGUGAAAGACAUUCAUACUUGACGAGAGAGAGAGAGAGGGGGGAGAGAGAGGGGGGAGAGGGGAGAGAGAGAAAGGGGGGGGAGAAUAACUGAUUACGUCGACAAAAAAUAUUAUUUAUUAUUUCAGUGCUUUACAUGAGAACGAAACAAAUUACUAAUAAUUACAGGAACGAGCAGCAAUUUUAUUCCAUUCCUUUCAUGGUUUUAUAUAUUUAACAUUUCUUUUAUGUAGUAUUUAAUGUAGUGUGUACGUUGUUGCGUAUGUAUGUGUGUGGCAGGGAAUAAAAUUAAAGUAAAAUGGAAAGAAUUUUAUACGAGUCCAUACAUUUCCUCGAAGAACAAUAGAUAUGGGUAAACGAACCAGAAAGAUUUGUAUGAGACACAUGCACACACACUGUGCGUACGAAAAAUUUGUCUUCUUUCAAAUCCGUUAUUGCGUAUUAAAAAGUCUACUAAUUCUAUUUACAUUUUCUGCAUUUAAAAUGAUGUAUCGGAGUGUAUUUUUGACGUUAUAUAAAAAAGAGAAAAGAGACGGAAUUAAGAGAACCAUUUAAACGCCUAUUGUCGCGCUUGAAAGAAGCAGUGAAGAAACUCUUCUCUGUAUGAUGUAGCCAUAAUUGAAAGAGAGACAUUUCAGGAAAAAGAAUUAGUGGCUUAUAAAUCGUCGUAGAAACUUUAACGAGAGAUAAAAAUAAAAGUUAUGUACUUCCUGUUCUUUUGUAUUUUUUAUACAUUUAACUUGUAAAAGCGUUUUAUAUGAAACAAUCUAUAUUAUAAUACGGUUACUCUCUGGCCCUCCUUGCCUUUUUAUAGUAUAUGUAUAUUGUAUAUAUAUCUUUCGUGUAAGUUUUUUCCUGUGCAUAUAUCAUUGUUGAUAUAUUAGUACGCUUUAAUCUUUAAAUUAUUUCUGAAAUAUAAAGCAUGCUGUACUAACAUUAUCAACAAUUGUUUUAUUGUUAGCUAAUCAAAAUUAGUUGCUUUUAUUUUAGUCACUUUCUUGCAAGACACGCAGUGGUCCUUUCUUGCUUUCUUUUUAUAUUCUUUUUUACCAUUCUAACAGGGCUUCCGAUAUAUAGAAAAAUACGGAUUUUUUCACAACAUAAGAAGUAAAUGAAAAUGUCUAUCCUAAUUGCUAUGUUAUUAUUUAGUUAGUUAUUAUAUAAUUAUAAUUUCCGUUUUGUUUUUAUUAUUUUUAUCUUAUUAUUCUCUUUUUGCCAGCAAUUUGCCGUUAAUUAGAAAUUGAUAAUGGUGCAACUAAAUGUAUACAAUAAAAUUUGCUAUUUCACAGAUACACAAUAUAUAUUAAAUACGAUAUUGUGCUUUACAGCGCAAUAAGAUUUUUAAGUGUGCGUGAUAAAAGAUUGCAAGAAAGCAAACGCAGAUUUGCAAAUUUUUUCAACACCAAUUGCGUUUACAUGUUUAAACAUUGGCUAGUAUUUUUAAGACAGAGAAGUAUACGAACGAGAAGAAGGACGAGUGAAUUCGCUUGUUCUCGUUUGCAUCUGUUAGCAGCAAUUAAUUAAAGUUUAACUUGUUAACUAAUUUAUAAGAGAAGAACAUUUUGGAUUCAUCGAUCAUGAGACACUUCUGAGACAAUUUUUAUAUUUUCUUUCCUUUUAUUUUGUACUGAAACUCUAAAAAUUUUGCUAUCAAGAAUUGUUUUUUCAAUAUUCUGCUACAGACAGUUUGAAAAAAUAAAGAGAUCUUAAGUGAGAAAAUAUAAUAUUUCUUAAAAAUAGUAUUUUUUUAAAUAAUUCCUUUUUUUACUUACAAGGUUAUUUUUGUAAAGCUAACACAUCAAUAUGUAUAGGUUUAAAAAUAAGUUUAGGACAAAUCAAUAUUCGCGAAAAGUCAAACAAAUUAAAAUGUUUAAAUUUGUAGUAUUUUACUUUGAAAAUAUUAAAAUGUUUAUCUAGUUAUUAUAGCAUUUGUAACUACGCACAAUUCUUAAUUCUUUUCUGAUGAUAAUAUAUAAACUCUUAGAUAAUAUGAAGCGUUCGGUGAUAAGAGCAACUUUACAAUUUGCAAGUUCCGCAUUAAAUAUAAAUAGUUAUAUCCAAAAUAGAGUUUGCAAAUUAUAAACUUACUUCAUUCUUCUAUUGCGCACUUACAGCAUUUUUGAACAAUUUCGGUGAAUUUAAGUUUGAUUAUCCAUGAAUAAUAUAAUAAUCUCGACUUUUUCCAUGUUCCUUUUUUCUUGUUUUAAUAUUGAGAAUAAAAUUCUUACAUGUGGAUACACAGAUCCUCUCAGAACAUCUCAUGUAUAAUACAAUGCGUGGUAUCACCUCAGGAAUUUUCUCGCAUCAUCGACGAAUCGAUACUUAAUCACUUGGUGCAUCAUUCAAGACUGUUAUGUAAUUACCUAUUGCCACAAAACCAAUUGAAAGUAGAUCGCAGUAUUUCACUUAAUCGCUAAUUAUUCGUACUCUCGUAUUAACCCGUAAUUCUACCACGCUGUGACUCUAAUCCACAUGCGCGACGAUCAACAUUCAACAUGCAGGGAACAUCACAUUGAGUUUGAUAUAUCACGACACAUCGUAUCUAUGUCUUAACUACGUUAAGGGUGUCUCUUCCGUGUUGCUACAUUUUUUUCUUUGCCACGCGAAUCGUAUCUUUCAUCGCGUGAAGGUACGCGUGAUCGCUCGCAAAUCGUAAGAAUUUCAAUUUGUAAUAACUCUAAUGACAAAGCAAGAAGAAUCAUCGAAAUCCCUUCUGUAAAAGGCUUUACAAGGCCAUAGUGUGUUUCGUUUUGCGUUGAUCUACUCCAGAGUCCGACACGUCUAUAAUCACAUCGUUCGCAUAGCUCUCUGACAUUGAAAUAUAACUAAGAAUCAUGUAACUUUAUCGGAUAACACAAUUGCCUUAUCUAAAAAUAUAUUAAAUUUAUAUAACAAUUUCUAACGCUCCUGAUUAAAACUAAUCAUCUAAAAUAUAUCUGUAAAAAAAUGUGAACGCCUUUUCAAUAUUAGAUAUUUACUAAAAGUUGCAGUAUUGAAAAUAGAAUGAUAAAAUUCAGUUUCAUUUUUAGAGCGGACGAAUAUUACAAUCUACGUAAGUAAUCUAUGUGUGUGUGUGUGUGUGUGUGUGUGUGUGUGUGUGUGUGUGUGUGUGUGUGUGUGUGUGUGUGUGUGUGUGUGUGUGUGUGUGUGUGUGUGUGUGUGUGUGUAAUAUAUAGUAUAUUUAUAUAUAAGUACAGUACGAACUCGCUGCUUUGCUUCGCACAAAUAAAAUUUUAUAAAAUGCAUAAAAUUCCACGUAAAUUCGUAAACUCGACAGCUCAUGACAUAUGUUACAACCGAGGGAAAUCAGCUUACUGUACACGAGUGAAACAUUCUUUAAACUGCCAUUCCUAUGGCUGAUGAGAAAAUGGCAGAAUCUUUCCCCAGUGAAAAGAAAUUGUGCAAAAUGACGGCAAAAUGAGAGAGAGAUGACGAUAACGUUAUUCAAAUGUGGUAUUCAUAUUAAGUUGAAUGAGUCGUGUAAAUUGUCCAUUAUAGAAUAAAAGUUCAGUUAAAUUAAUUAUAAAAAAGAAAGAAAUUAUAUAAUUAUAUAUGUAUAAUUAUUAAUUAUAUAAUUUCUUUCUUUAUUUUAACUUCCUUUCCUAUUCCGUGUAAGUUAUUUGUACUCUUGCGUUUACAUUAAUCCUGGUUCUACAAUUAAUUUAACUGAACCUUUAUUCUAUAAUUUACACAGCGACUCAUUUCAACUUAAUGGCGAAUGUCACUUGGCGGCCGACUAAUCAGAGGGAGAAAACACCGUGACGAUCAACGUAUGGGACAUUUUGCGCUUUUUCGUCAUCGUCAUUUCCCUUUCAUCUUGCCGUCAUCUUGCACAAUUCCUUUUCACUGGGUCAACAUGUCUAAUUGUAUAAGUAUCCUACCAUUACUAACGAUAUCAGAAAGACGAAACUCGGAGGAUAUUGGAAAGGACAGCUCGAUUGCUUCAGUACGUGCGGAAUCUCGAGUUACCUCGAGCAGAAUGAUAAGUGCCGUAGACGCGAGAGAAACGUGAGAGAAAGUCGAGACCAAGAACUUGCUCCUAAUCACGAAAGAACAUUUCAAACAACAUGGGAUCACUUUAGUCAGACCUAAAUCAGUUUCUGCUGGAUGAUUAUCGCUAGAAACACAUUUAACUAUCAGUUCCUAAUGGUGUUCUGCGGCGAAAAUUAUUUGGGUCCCGAAUGAUUAUUGUAACUCGUUUAAGAUCUCCCACGUACGUUUCCGUUUUUCGCCUUUCUCUUCUCCUCACGAAGCCAGUCGCGUACUUGCUUCGUUUUAAUUACACAUUUUACAAAUCAUUAAUUUUUAACGAUUAGUACUUAUGCGUACGUAUGUAACAAUUAAUCGCGCAUCUACGAGGAUCAAGCAUUCGUGGGUAGACGUUCGUCUCGCUAUAUUCUUUCGGUUUGUGGUUUUAGGCCGUACUUGAGCAGUCGCUAUUAAGAAAUCGCGAUCAUUGUUUUAUUGCCGACCGCAUGAAUCAUCCUCAUGAGAUUUAUCUUCUCGGGAAAUAUGCCAAGAUAUGAUCGAGUAUGACAGAAAUUGUAACGUUCGCGGUCACGAACAAAGCGUCGUGGACGAAAAGGGAGCUACAAUAUUAGCAUCAAGUGGCGAUUUUCCUCGUCUUUUCUUGCACAGUGUUUUGUCACGAAGUAAAGUGCGAUAUAUCAUCGAUGUGUCGGUUUAACUUCCAGUUAUAUAAUGUUUUAGCGUUAUUAACGCGAUUAAUGUUAUUUAAUUGAGAAGAACUUGAAGUAAAUUCGAGCGAAUAUAAAAUUGAUUUAUAUCGUCGAAAUGCUGAUAUGAGCUCACUUCCUAGACAGACCGGAAAAAUGAUCGCUGAUGUUUGACCCACGUGAAGACACGCGCGCAAUUCCAUGAGAUUGUCCCUGACACUUACAAUUAGACGUUAGAAAGAGUACAACACAGAUAUGUACGGGAAGAGACCGUUGCUCGUAACUCUUAAUUAGUAGCAUUCUCGACGAGGCGACCAAAUCGCGUUAAUGUUCAUUUCAGGAAAAAGAGAGACUACUUCCUUUCAAGUGAUUCAUCGAUCAUUUUUCUAAAAAUUCUAUAAGUUUAAUCUGUAACUAGUCGGCCUGAUAAUUUAUAAUAUAUCGAAUAUACAAUUAUGCAAUAAUUCGCGCUGCAUGUGUACGUGUGUGUUGCCUCUAGAAAGAUUUUACACACGGCUCGCAAUAGUAUAAAUUAUAAUAAAUACGAUAUAUUAUUAACUUCUAGAGAUUCUCAUAGCGUAUAUCUGAAUUAGUAAUUUCGAUUGUCAAGGUUGAUACAACGUAUGUAUAACUAUUGCGCAUGCACGUGUGUAUUUGUAUUUGUUGCUUAUUUGUGUGCGUGUGUAUGUAUAUGUAAAGUAUAUAUGUGUUUUUUGGAGAUUUUAUAAGAUUAAGCUCGAGCUUUGCCAAACAUUGCUAGAAGAUUUUCAGAGAAUUUCAGAGAAGUGAGAGAAGCACAGCAUGUGAAAUGGUUAAACUUUGUUCUCAGAUAAUUGUUUUUAAACAUAUAAAUAAUUUAAAUACAUAUAAGCAUAUAAAAAUAAAUAUAUAAAUUUUUAUGUAUUUCUAUAAGAGUGUAUCAAUAAAAAUGAACGCGCGUAUAAGUAGAAUUAAUAAACUAAAAGUAUAAUUACGAUAUUUAUAAACGUACGAACAAAAAGAUAAAGAUUUAAACAUGAAAAAAUAUUGAAUGCAAUUCAAUUCAAAUAUUGAUAAAAUAAUAUUUUAGAGACCAAAAAAUUGAUUUAUCAUCAUCAGUAACUUUUGAUUAUUAUAGAUCAUUGUCAUAUAUAUCAUGGUUUAUAAAACUCGUUACAGAAUUGCAAAGUGCAGAUUCUCGUCUCGAUUUUAUCGGUGCAGCACUCAUGCUUUUUAUGGCCAGAAGAGAGAGAGUUGCAACAAUAGCGAGAUACUAGUGACAGUAAUAGCAACAAUCGCGAUGACGAUAACUAAUGGUAUCAGAAUAAUGGUAAUAGUAACAGUAAUAGUAGUUACGUUUAGGUCACUUCAAAGGCUAGUAGAAAACGUGCCUAGAACGUGCUCAGCUACUUACAAAGGAGAAGUCUCCCAUUUAAAGCGUACAUGAUUGCAUUUUCUUACAAGAAGAUUGUCCAUGCGAUAAUCUUCAUGCGACGAAACUUUCGACGGAGCACGUACGUCCGUUCGUGAUCGAACUGAUCCGCGACUUGCGUCCAAAGUUUCAUCGACUUCUCUUUACUUUUGCCACGAAUAUCUCGUUCGCGCUUGUACUUUUUGCUUAUAUCAUUUGAGAUUAUCUUGAACUUAUUUCUUUAUCUCAGUUUUUCAUUUUUGUGUAACUUAUCGUCAUUUUAUUUCUGAA